GGAGGCUGUGCUCUAGUGAAAGGCGCGAACCUGGUAGGUGUUCUGUGGCGCAAGCUGUGAAAGUUCCAGGCAUGGAAGAAGGUUCUCCGUGGUUCCAGGUCCAGGAGUCUGCUCUGGCCGAGUCUUGCGUUAUGGUGUACCGCAGUUUUCAUGAGGCAAAACAAGAGCUUAUCGGGCACGUGCAGCGUGAUCGCGUGGAUGGCGUGAGGCUUGUUCUCGGCAAAGAAUACGCCAACAAUGUCGAGCAGGCCGCUCUGUGCUUGCGAACGAUCACUCAUGGAAAGUGUGGCGACACGUUGGCUCAUAUUGCAUGUAGAUGCGGUUCUCUGAACAUUCUCCGAUUCCUCUGCGAAGAAGUCAAGUGUCUCCUCGAGAGCCAGAACCGCGACGGCAAGAGGCCGUUACACGAAGCUGCCCAGCUGUCUCGACUCGACAUCGUGCAGUUUCUUAUUGAUCAAGGAUGCCAGAUAGAUCCUCUAAAAAGGGCCGACUGGACGCCGCUUAUGUUGGCCUGCACGAAGGACGACUUGCAGGUGGUCCAGGCCCUGGUCGCAGGCGGUGCCAACACGCGACUACGAAAUAAGGAUGGCUGGACAGCAUUUCACAUAUCGUGCAGGGAAGGCCAUGUGCACAUAAUGUCCAGCCUUUUGGAUUUAUUCCCAGAUGCAUGGAACACUAGCAGCAGGAACAAGAGAACACCCCUUCAUACAGCUGCUUUACAUGGCCAGUUGCAGUGCGUGAAGCUACUUCUGAUGAGGGGCGAUUAUCCACCAGAUGUAGCUGACAACUGUGGCACUACACCUUUCAUGGACGCUGCGAGUGCAGAUCAGGUGGCCAUACUAGACUGCUUGGCAGAGCUCCAAAAGGCAGACGUAACCAUGAUGGACAUGUUGGGUAACAACAGCCUGCACCUGGCAGCACAAGCAGGUGCGGCCUCAGCAGUUUUGUCACUUGUUGAGAAAUAUGGGCUAGACAUCAACAGCAUCAACACCUGGGGACAGACUCCGCUGCAUUUGUCUGCCAAGGCGGGCCAAGAUGACGUGGUUCAACUGCUAAUUGUUCUGGGUGCUGUAUGCAGUGUCAGAGAUAAGAAAGGUCGCACAGCAUAUGACCUGGCAAAGAAUAAUGGCCACAACACCUGCUGUCUACUCUUGCAGUCUCACAACAUGGAGAAACAAUAAAACUGCUUCUUUUCAACAGUA